AACAGAACGAAACCUAGGAAGCACGAUAUCAAACUCGCGCGAGUGAAAAGCACUGUAUUUUUGUGCUCGUGACGGUGUAGUGGGAACUGAAGGCUAAUAAACAAAACUGUUAUCGAUUCACAUCCUCAAUACCUUUAGGUUUUAUUUUAUCUGCUGCCCAAGAAGAUGGAUGAGGAUCAAGAGAUGGAGAGAUUUGGAACGGAGAAUGAUUUCGAAGGCGCGCAAUGGAUUGGUGGCGAGUUUUACUAUAAAAAGCGCAAAGAAAAACGAACUCAAACCAAAGAUGAUGUUCUUUAUGGAGUUUUCGCAGAUUCCGAUGACGACGAUGAUUAUUCUAGCAGAAAGCGACGGAAGGAUCGUGAUUUAUCGAAGAAGCCGGAUCUCACCAAGCCUGUGAAUUUUGUCUCUACAGGCACUUUUAUGCCUAAUGAGGAUGUUGUUGAUAAGAAUUCUUCUAAGGAACAGGAUGAGAAGGAGGAGAGUCAUGGUGGUGAAGAUAGGCCCGGUUUAGGUCUUGGUAUGGGGUUUGCUAGCACUUCCGGGUCCGGUUUGGGGUUUAAUAAUUCGAGUUAUGGUGCGAAUGGAACGGAGAGAAUUGAUGACUCGGAUGAGAAUGGUGAGAAUAGCUUUCUGCCUACGGCGUUUGGGAAGAAGAUUAAGGAGGGGGCGAUGAGAAGGGAGAGGGAGAAGGAGAGGGAAAGAUUGGAGAAGAAGAGAGGGCAGCGCCAGAGUGUAGGUGAUGAUGGAUCUGUUGAUGUUGGCAAGUUUGAGAAGCAUACGAAGGGGAUAGGAAUGAAGCUGUUGGAGAAGAUGGGUUAUAAAGGAGGUGGUCUUGGGAAGAAUGAGCAAGGUAUUUUGGCUCCUAUUGAGGCGAAACUGAGGGCUAAGAAUUCGGGUAUUGGGUUUAAUGACUCCAAGGAGACUACUACUACACCGUUGCCGGCGGCUUUGCAGCUGGAUAAGAAGAUUGCGCCGGGAGUUACCCAACCUAGGGUUGGCAGAACAAAAGAAAGGUUGUGGUCAAAGCAAUUGAGGUCGAAGAAGAAGAAAGACGAGGAAGAGUAUAUAACUGCUGAGGAGUUGUUGGCAAGCAAGGAAGAACAGGAUUUGGAGGUUGUUCAGAAGGUUUAUGAUAUGAGAGGGCCGCAGGUUCGAGUAAUUACAAAUUUGUCUGAUUUGAAUGCUGAGGAGAAAGCAAAGGAGAAUGAUGUCCCGAUGCCGGAACUUCAGCAUAAUGUUGGGUUAAUAGUUCGGUUGGCUGAGGCUGACAUCCAAGAGAUUGAUAGAGAUUUGAGGAGAGAGAGGGAGACUGCACUUAGCUUGAAAAAGGAAAAAGAGAAGUUCGAAACUGAGGCAGCAUUUCAAAAGAAGCAGCUGGAUAAUUUUGAGGAAAUAAUGAGUGUGUUGGACCAAGUCGGAGAAGAGAAUACUUUAGGAACAUUAACGUUGGAUUCCCUUGCUCAAUGCUUUAGGGACUUGCAUAAAAGAUUUGCUGAUAACUACAAGUUGUGUAACUUGUCAUGCGUUGCUUGCUCAUAUGCUCUGCCUUUGUUUAUCAGAGUGUUCCAAGGAUGGGAUCCUCUUCGAAAUCCAUCUCAUGGGUUGGAGUUGGUCUCACAGUGGAGAACUUUGCUUCAAGUAGAAGAAUGUCUCGAUAUAUGGGAUGUAUCAUCACCUUACACUCAGUUGGUUUCUGAGGUUGUGUUACCAGCUGUCAGAAUAUCUGGCAUCAAUACCUGGCAGGCUCGGGAUCCGGAGCCAAUGUUACGGUUUCUGGAGUCGUGGGAAAAGUUGCUUCCUUCUUCACUCCUUGCCACCAUAUUGGACAAUGUGGUCAUGCCAAAACUAUCAAGUGCUGUAGAUACUUGGGAACCACAUCGUGAGACCAUUCCUAUCCACACUUGGGUGCAUCCAUGGCUACCUCUGCUAGGGAACAAGUUGGAGGGUAUAUACCAGGUGAUUCGUUUUAAAUUGAGUACUGUUCUUGGUGCCUGGCACCCAAGUGAUGGCUCUGCUUAUGCUAUAUUGUCUCCUUGGAAGAUGGUAUUUGAUGCUGCUAGUUGGGAACAACUUAUGCUUCGUUUUAUUGUGCCCAAGUUGCAGCUUGUCUUGCAAGAGUUCCACGUCAACCCGGCAAGUCAGAAUCUUGACCAAUUUUAUUGGGUAAUGAACUGGGCUUCUGCUAUUCCAUUUCAUCUGAUGGUUGAUAUGAUGGAGAAAUUCUUCUUUGCUAAAUGGCUUCAGGUUUUGUAUCAUUGGUUGUGCUCUAAUCCUAACAUCGAAGAAGUUACAAAAUGGUAUUUGGGCUGGAAAGAACUUAUUCCGAAAGAACUUUUGGCAAAUGAGAGUAUUCGAUACCAGCUUAAUCGUGGUCUUGAUAUGAUGAUCCAAGCUGUUGAAGGUAUGGAGGUGGUCCAACCUGGUUUAAAAGAGAAUAUCAGCUAUCUUAGGGUACUUGAGCAAAGGCAAUUUGAGGCUCAGCAGAAAGCAGCAGCCUAUGCUCAACAGCAAGCUGCUGCAAGCUUGGGUGGUGCUGUCAACGCAGAUGGUGUGGCUGGUGUGCGUGAAUUGAGCCUGAAAGAAGCCAUCGAGGCCCAUGCCCUGCAACAUGGUUUACUAUUCAAACUUAAACCUGGUAGAAUGCACAACGGUCAUCAAAUCUAUGGGUUUGGUAAUGUCAGCAUAAUAAUAGACUCUCUAAAUCAAAAGGUAUAUGCCCAAAAUGAGGAAACAUGGUCUUUGGAAUCUGUUCAAGGCUUGCUAGAGUUGCAUAAUAAAUCCGCUAGUAAAAGACGCUGAAUUCAGUGUUUGCUAAUGUGAAUUAAUAUCUCAGGAAUCUCAAUGUUGCAGCGAUUCCAGCCAUUCCAGCCAUAGUGAUCUUGGAUAGGGUGCAUAACAGCUACUGUAGGGGGUGAUGACUGACGACCCGUGGUGGCGGUGGCUGGAAUCUCAUUGUCAGAGAGUUUUGUGAAGACAUCAGCCGUAAUCAGGCUUGUGCCAUUAAGCGCUGCCCGGAUGAACAUAUGCAAUUGAACAGCAUUCGGGAUGUGGGUUUGUGUGGCUCUCUGGCAGCUGCAAGCGUCUCGUGGUAUGUAGGUCUAGCUUUGGCAGUGGGGUGAAUGGAACGUGAUAUGCACCUCAGAUAUGUAGAUAUGAGAGGGACAGCCCUUAAGUAGAGAGUAACGAGGCAGAUGAAAAAAUAUAGGAUUUCUGUUGCUAGGUUUUAGAUACCAUGUUGAGAGAGAGAUCAUUGAGAAACUCGUACAGUUAAUUUACAUUAAAAGGGAAAUAAGGGAAUCAUUUUAUUUGCUUUCAUAUUUUUUUCAGUUCUGUAUAUCAAAAAUAUAUUUUUCCAAUUUCUAAUUAUUGACCAUGAAUCUUACAAUUCAUGAUACAUGUUGGAGUAAACACCCGAAUUUGUAG